AUGGAAGAGAUUCGAGAGGCUGCGUUAGCCUAUUACGAAGCUGGAACUCAAGAGCAGAAGCAAUUGGCAUGGGCAUUUUUCCAAACCUUGGAUGUUGAUGGAGACGGGACAGUGAGCGUCCAGGAGUUCGUCAACUUCCUCAGGGGCAGGGGCUACCGGUUGUUCGAUAAUCCCAACUUUUACCGGGCACUUGACCGUGACGGCAAUGGGUGUCUGGAUUUCCACGAAGUUCUCACCUUCUUCUAUAUAAUUAAAAGCGGUAGACCUUUCUGUGAUGGGUGUGGAAUUUUCUUGAAGGGUUUGUUUUUCACUUGCCUUAAUUGCUAUGAAAGCAGCCAUACCACAUUCGAUCUUUGCUCUGCGUGUUACCGCGGCAAAAGGUUCAGUCACCAGCACGCAGCCAUUUUAGAUAACUACACUUUGUUGACGCACAAGAGGAUGAUGACCAUGGCAGGAUACGGACAACCAAAUAUGAGUCAGCCAACUUCUCGAGGGAGUUCCAGCUUGAAGCAAGGGAAGUCUAGUCAUAAAAACUUUGGAGUAUUGUCAGAGUGUUUAAGAGUUCCUUCCUUUCGUGUCCGUGAUAGAGUUGAACAAUUUCCAGUUCGCCGGAGUGGCUACAGAGUGCUGUUGCUGCCAUUCGAAGAUCGUUUUAUCCUGGGAGACAGACGCCUUGCGAUUCUCAAAGCACCUGUGGAGAAGGCGAAUCUGUUUUAA